CAACGCUUCAAGAAGAUUAUUCAAAGUUUCUCCCCUUCAGAACCUUCUCGGCUUAUUGGCAGAAAUGUUGGUGUGAGGAAACUUGAUAUCGUGCAGAAGCUGAGUCAAAACUUUUCUCAAAUUUUGGGAAGUGUCUUUCACCAUCUUGACCCAUCUGAUUUAGACAGGUAAGCUGAAGUUAAUAUUUCACAUCAGAUCAUGUUCUAAAAGUAACAUUUGUUUUAAAAAAAUAAUUUUUAUACAGGAAAUGUUUAUUACACUUUGGUAUUACAAUAUUUACAGCACAGAUGUGCAAUGUAAAAAGGGAUGCUAUUUUAAUAAUAUAACUAUUUUAUAUGAAAGUAUUAAAGUUAGCUUAGAUGGAACAAAGUCUACUUAACUCAGGGCAAUCAUGCUUCAAUCAUAUUUCAUAUCAGGUCAUGUUCUAAAAGUAACAUUUGUUAUAAAAAAUAAUUUUAUACAGUAAAUGUUUAUUACACUAUGGUAUUACAAUAUUUACAACACUGGUCAACACAGAUGUCCAAUGUAAAAAGGGAUGAUAUUUUAAUAAUAUAACUAUUUUAUAUGAAAGUAUUAAAGUUAGCUUAGAGGGAACAGUCUACUUAACUCAGGGCAAUCAUACUUGAUGAUUCAUUCACUGAACAUUGCAGUGUGUGUCAAGUAAACAGUGUUUGGAAAAAGGCCCUCUACAAUGACAAGAAAGCGUAUGACAGAUACAAAAUGUUUAGAGAAGCAACCAGAAGUGCAUUACAGGAAAAGGGACACGGAAAGGUGGGUUUUUUAUCUGUUGUCAGAGCUCAAACAACAUGGUCAUUGGGUCUUUCAUUUUUGUAAAUGUAUUUUUACCUUGAUAUUUUUCCCCUAAACCCCCCCCCCCCCCCCCCGGAAGAUGAAGUUACUUGUGUACAAAUCUUUACAAAUGUACUUGCAACUCUUUCAACAGGAGAACUGUGGUGAAAAGCUUCUAAGUGGGCCAUUGGCACAAAAUCUGACAACUUCAAAAGGUCACUUGACAUGCAUGCAGACGCAAGCUCAAAAGAUAGAGAGUAAACCUCAACCAGCUGUUCUUGAGGUAAGCAUUACAUUUUCUAAGACUCAUGGACUUCACUUUGAUCAAUGUAACGGCAGGAGUAUUUUACAAUACAACAAGUUUAAGCAUCAUAUUUCCUUCCUGUUAAAUACUAUUAUAAUACUGGUACACCUAACAAUAGUGACAUUUUAUAUACAAUAGCCCUAGGAAAAAAAGAAAAUUAUAUCCACAUGAUAACCAAACACAGGCCUCUCCACCCCCCACCCCAAUUUGGUCAAUUAUAAAUAUAACAUGGUAAAUUCAAUAACAGUUUAUAAUUCAGCUGUUAUCAAAUUCAUCAUCUAAGUCCAUUUACAAAAUCACCAUUGACUGUGCUAUAAAAAUAUCUUUAAACGCUAAGAUCAAAGUUGUUUAUCCAUUGGGGAAGGUUGUAAACAUGUUAGAAUGCGUGUGCAGCUAAGAUGAGAUUAUUCAGGAAUGUUUCUUGCUAUGUUAUAAAAAUUGUUAUAUUUAUAUGUGUGUGUGUGUGUAUAUAUGUGUGAGAGCACCAAAUCAUGUGGCUAUAAAGUUUUAAAGAAAAAUAAUAAUAAUAAUAAAGUUUAUUUGAAAAACACGCUUCAUCCCCAAAAGCUCGAAGCGCUGUACAAAGUCAACCAUAUUAAAAAGAGAAAUAAAAACAAUUUAAAAUUUACCACAUUUAAAAACAGACACAACAAUAUAAAGCUACAUACGAGCAUACCCAGUCAAAGUCUUUCAUCCCGUUUCAACCAUAAGCAACACAAGCCAAUAUACAUUAACUGAAAAAGAUGGUAGAUUAGCAUCACCCCAAAAGGUGUUUGCGAAAUAGAUGUGUUUUUAAAUCGGUUAAAGGACUCCAGUGUCUGGCUGUUUCUGAGAGCAACUGGAAGUGCGUUCCAAAUUGUUGGGCCGGCAAAUACAAAAGUGCGCUUUCCGUAAGUCUCAAGGCGAACACACAGUAUCAAUAUUUUGCCAUUAUCGGAUGAGCGGAGCUCUCUAGUGGGUACAUAAGGCGUCAUGAGUGCUUUGAGAUAAGAUGGCGUCAGGUCAUGUAAGCAGCGGUAGCACAAAGUUGCAAUUUUGUACUCUAUGCAAACGCGGACCGGCAGCCAGUGCAGCUCCCUCAGAAAGAUUAUUUGUUGUUUCUCCUCCAGACUUUUGGUUACAAAUUGACAUUUCACUUCACAUAUAACAUAUGUAAUUUAUUUGCAGCCCAGCUUUUCACUCAGGAGUGGUGACCAAUUGCGUAGAUGUCCACACUGCCAAGGGUCAGCAGUAGUCCAACCAAAUCAGGACAGGGCGAUCUGCAUAGAUGUGAAGUGUGGCUAUGAUUUUUGCACCCAGUGUUUUGCUGCUUUUCAUCACCCAAAACGCUGCAAGCCUCUUUGCAGAGCAUCCUCCGUAGCUGCCGUCGCUGGGACUAGGAAGAGUAAGAAAAAUCUAAAACGGCUGUGA